CACACACCGUACACUGACUGACUGAGGUCAAGGUGGGGGGUGUUCGGCUGUAAAUUGUUAGGUAAGAUGCUGCAGCCUGACGCCACUUUGUCGCCCGGUGUUGUUCCUGAGAGGACAGGACAGCGGACCUGGAUGUGAGCAGCUCUGCCGGGAGAGGCCUGACCAUGUCCACUGGAGCGUGAUCAUGACUUCCCUCAACGAGUCAGAGGAGACCUCCCCUCCCUCCUUCCCUCUCUCCUCCCGUGAACACAAUUUCUCCCACUUUGUCACCCAUGACCCGUCAUACUCCCCCAUAUCCUUCCCCACCUCCUCGCUGGCGCCCUCCAACUGCACCAGCUCCCCGUCAGCCUCCUCUCCUCCGUACAACUUCUACGCCGUGCUGCUGGUGCUCCUGAUCUUCUGCGUGGUGUUCGGUAACGUGCUGGUGUGCGUGGCUGUGUCGAGGGAGCGCGCUCUUCAGACCACCACCAACUACCUCAUCGUCUCGCUGGCUGUGUCCGACCUGCUGCUGGCCACGCUGGUCAUGCCCUGGGGCGUCUACAUGGAGGUGGUUGGAGAGUGGCACUUCAGUCUCAUCCACUGUGACAUCCUGCUCACCCUGGACGUCAUGAUGUGCACCGCCAGCAUCCUCAACCUCUGUGCCAUCAGCAUCGACAGAUACACAGCGGUAGCCAUGCCGAUGCUCUACAACACCAGAUACAGUUCCAGGAGGAGGGUGGCGGUGAUGAUUGCUGUGGUGUGGUUCCUCUCCUUUGCCAUCUCCUGCCCUUUACUGUUUGGACUCAACAACACUGCCAGCCGGGAAGGCACCACGUGCAGCUUUGCCGAUCCGGCCUUCGUGGUGUAUUCAUCGGUGGCCUCCUUCUACGUUCCCUUCAUCGUAACGUUGCUGGUUUAUGCGCAGAUCUGCGUGGUGCUGCGCAAGCGAGGCAGACGCACCGCCCCGCCGCGCAGACACGGCCUGCACACACAUGGCGGAGCUGAUGUGGGAGAAGGUCAUCGACACAGGAAGAAUAAGUGUACACAACCAGAGGAUGUGAAGUUGUGCACCCUGAUCCUGAGGCCCGCCACCGCUGGCCCACAGCGCAAGAAAGUGACCCUGGUCAAGGAGGCGAUGGUUCACCCUCUCGAAGUGGAGCCGGGUCAGUUCCUGCCGCAGACCGAGCAGAGCCUGGCUCCUCCUCCUGCUCCCCAAACCCCCUCCCACUCGGCCCACGCCAGGAUCUCCCUGGCCAUCUCAGUUGGACCUGCCCCGGUUCUUCCCUCCACUGUGACACGAUCGGCCCUGAUGCCUCGUCCCGCCACCCUCGAGGACGGCAUGAGGGGCCGUGAGGGAUGGAGGGAGCGCAGUGGAGGGAGAGAGAAAUGGGGGAUGACCAAGGAGAGGGUGAGAGGGAGGCUGUCACAGCAGAAGGAGAGGAAGGCGACAAAGAUGCUCGCUAUUGUGCUUGGUGUGUUCAUCAUCUGCUGGCUGCCUUUCUUCCUGACCCACGUGCUGAAGGCCCACUGCAGGAGCUGUUGCAUCUCGCCCUCACUGUACAGCGCUGUCACCUGGCUGGGAUACCUCAACAGCGCUGUCAACCCUGUCAUCUACACCACUUUCAACAUCGAGUUUCGCAAAGCCUUCAUCAAGAUCCUGCACUGCUGAGAGCUGGAGAGAGAAGAAGCGUCAACUGUCAAGCCUGUCGUUGGUUUGAGAUCAAAGGAGGGGGAGAGAGAGAGAGAAGUAGUCGUCACU